UCCACAAGAGCGUGUGAUACUCGUUCGAACGCAGGCGCGUAGAUCCUCUGGGGGACUCCAAUAGUUAGCCGCCAGAAAAGAGGACAUAGAGCUUUGACCAAAGCUCCACCCAGUCCAACCACUUCUCCUUUCCUCUCUGCAUUCUUCUUCUUCACUUUCUCUCUCUAAAUUCAGAAUUCAACUCCCAAAAUCACAAACAACAAUGGAGAUCGCCCUAGGGUUCGCCUUUCUCUCACUUCUUUCUUUCUCUACCUUGGCUGCUCCGGCGCCGGCGGAAAAUUCCACAGCUUGCCCGAUGGAUCUAAAUUACUUGUUCCGAAUCGGUUGGAACACGACAAGUUGCCGGAAUUUCAAACCUCCUCCUUCUCCGGCGAAACAGAGAAACCAAUCAGCUGAUCACCCCAAAACUCCCUGCUGCCAAGCCUUACUAUCCCUCUUCGGCAUCGGUCUGGCCCAACACCUGAAGGAGACUUCUCAGUUCCAGCUCCCCAAUUUCCAGACCUCCGCUUCUUGCCUCGGCGAGUUUCAGUCCAAGCUCUCGUCGUUUUCCACCUCCAAUGGUCUUUUGCUAUCGCAAGACGCCGUUUCGUACUGCUUUGACCCUCUCCAGUUCGUGAUCACUCCAAAUAUAUGCGCCCGUAUUCAGUCCUCAGACGAUUGGGUCCGUCAGCUCGGACACACCACGGUACUCGACACGGCGUGCCGCCCUGACCUGACAGAUCUCACCCUCUGCGAUGGUUGUGUAGCUGCCGGGUUAAAUGUCCAGGCGAAUUUGACCUCUCAUGACGGUAACACUUCUCACGCUAAAGACUGUUGGUACUUCACGAUUCUGUAUGCUGCUGGUAUAGUUAACGAGUUUGGGCCGGAAAGUAAUGGUGCCGUUUCGUGUAUCUUUGGCUUGUCGGUGGAUUCUCAUGCGGGUUCUGGGAGUAAGAACCGUGCGCCUCUUGUUUUUGGGUUAACUGGUGCUGGGGUUGCUGUUUUUGUCAUGUUCAGCUUGUUGGGUCUGUAUUUUUGGUAUGAUAAGAGAUGGAGGAGUAAAAGUUUUGAAGGCGGGGCUGGUAUGGAAGGUGGAUUUGAUUUGGAGGAGCCGGGGUCGAGGCCUCGAGUGAGACCCAAUACUGGUUCCAUUUGGUUUAAGAUUGAGGAACUUGAAAAGGCGACCAACAAUUUCUCGCAGAAGAAUUUUAUAGGGAGAGGAGGGUUUGGUUUGGUUUACAGAGGGGUUUUGCCUGAUGGGAGUUCGGUUGCGGUAAAGAGAGUUAUAGAGUCUGAUUUUCAAGGGAAUGCUGAGUUUUGCAAUGAGGUUGAAAUUAUUAGCAAUUUGAAGCACCGGAAUCUUGUACCGCUUAGAGGGUGUUGUGUGGUUGAUGGGAAUGAGUAUAAUGAGGGUGAAAGCCAAAGGUACCUUGUUUACGAGUACAUGCCAAAUGGAAAUCUGGAUGAUCAUAUAUUUCUACAAUCGGAUAUCCAUGGUGGAGUUGAGAGACCACGAUUGACAUGGCCUCAGAGGAAGAGCAUAAUUUUAGAUGUGGCAAAGGGGUUAGCUUAUUUGCAUUAUGGGGUGAAGCCUGCAAUAUAUCAUAGAGAUAUUAAGGCCACCAAUAUAUUACUUGAUGCUGAUAUGAGAGCCAGAGUGGCCGAUUUUGGACUUGCAAAGCAAAGCAGGGAAGGACAGUCCCAUAUGACAACUAGGGUGGCAGGGACUCAUGGCUACUUAGCUCCUGAGUAUGCUCUUUAUGGACAGCUGACUGAGAAGAGCGAUGUUUAUAGCUUUGGGAUUGUUGUUUUGGAGAUAAUGUGUGGGAGGAAAGCUCUUGAUUUGUCUUCCUCAGGAUCCCCACGAGCAUUUUUGAUCACCGAUUGGGUGUGGUCAUUAGUAAAAGCUGGAAAAGUAGAAAAGGCUUUGGAUGCUUCAUUGUUAAAAAACGAGGAUUCUGUAAAUUCGAAUCCAAAGAGCAUUAUGGAGAGAUUUCUGCUGGUUGGUAUAUUGUGUGCUCAUGUGAUGGUGGCCUUAAGGCCUACCAUUAUGGACGCACUGAAAAUGUUGGAAGGUGAUAUCGAGGUUCCUCCACUUCCAGACAGACCAAUGCCCCUCGGGCAUCCUUCGUUCUAUGGCAAUGGUAAUACUUUCAGCAUAUCGCCGGCAUUAAGCGGGCCACAAUUACAUACUGGAGACAUGCUCAGGUAGUCAAAGACAAAAACUUCGACUAGAUACAUGCUCAGCAAGAAGCAAUUUUCAUAAAAGGCCCUUCACGAGUUGCUUCAAGGCAUGUGAUUAGAGCAUUAAAACUCAGAUAACAACUCAUUAUUUACUUAAACCCAUUAAGGGUUCAGUGUAGUAUACAGUUGCAACUACAUAAUUUUUCUAUUUUUGCUUGUACAAAAUGGUGCUGAGGCUUGGAGUUUUAUAUUAGAAAAAAAUUUGAAGAUAGAGAAGAUGGGUACAUGAAAAAUGGCAUUGAGGUAGCAUACACUGAUUUAGCUCUUAAAAGGACGGAGAAGGAAGGAGAUUCAGAUGUUAAACAAUAUCAAUGAGAAACAUUCUAAAUCUCAAGGCGAACUUGAUCUCUCUCUCACUCUAGCUAUUGAAGUGUAAACGGUUUUGGUCUAGCUUUUUUUGUCUGUGUCACCGCAAAAGGCAAAAUAGUCUGUAGAAAACAAUUUGUUCGUAAAUUGUAGUACUAGCAAUAACGAUGGCCAUGCAUGCCACAGGUGUUUUGGAGAAAGCUAGGCACAACAGUGGAUAAAAGAUCUUUAGAAGAUUGGGACUCUCUGUAGUUCUUUUUCCUCAUUAAAAUUUUGACAAGUAUCUAAUGGUGGUUUAUUGGAUUGUAGUUUAUGUAACAGUAUACAUUGUGAUUGUAUAAUUGUAAAUAUUUUUGGGUUUCCUUCAAUUCAAUACAUGAGUCAACUAUAAUGUUACUUA